CGACGACAAGAUCGUCGUGAUGCGAGACAAGUACCCGAAGGCGUCCACGCAUCUGCUCGUGCUCGCGCGCGAUCAGACCCUCGCCGCGGGUCCGACCGCGCUGACGAAGGCGCACGCGCCGUUGCUGACGCGAAUGCUCGCCGCGGGGAGGAAAGCCGCGGCGGAGGAAGCGGCGCGAGCCCGUCCGGGGGGCAUCGAUACGACGACGCGGAUGAAUACUCCCCCCGGCUCGGACGUCUUCAAGCUCGGAUUCCACGCCAAGCCGUCGAUGCCGUGCCUGCACUUGCACGUGAUAUCGCAGGACUUGCGCGGCGUCGGGAUGAAGACCCGGCGGCACUGGAGCUCGUUCGCGACGGGGUUCUUCAAGCUCGCGCGCGAGGACAUGCCGCUCCCGGUGGGAUGGGACCCCGAAGAGGAAGAGCGCGAGAUGAAGAUGGCGCGACUGUCGUGUCACAAGUGCGGUGAUGGGCCGUUCGCGACGUUCCCGAAGCUGACGGAGCACGUGAGCGCGUGCGACGUCGCCGCGGCGGGGGAGCGCGUCGACUUUUAGACGGAACGGCCGCGCUACGAGGCGAUUGAUUGAUUAUUAGACCGCCGCGCGCGACGCGACGCGACGCGAUGCGAUGCGAUGCGAUGCGCGGCGAUCGAUCGAUCGAUGGCGCGACGACGCGAGCAUCGUUACUGUUGUGCGCGUAUUAUUAUACGUGUUACAACCGAC